AUGAGGCCAAAAGGAAGUAUGACAACUGAGUUGUUCUGCAAAUGGCUGGACCAUUUUACUAGAUAUAAACCUGUUGGAACAGUAUUGCUCAUAUUUGAUGGUGCCGCUUGCCAUCUUGAUAUUAUAAUUGCAGACAAAGCUGAACAAAACGAUAUUGUACUGAUAUGUCUUUCAAGCAAUACAACACACCACCUCCAGCCUGUCGACAAAGCAGUGUUUAGAUCAUUCGAACACCACUGGGACGAUGAAUUAUUACAAUAUUGGGACCAAAAUCCAGAUCGUCGUUUAAGCAAAUAUAGAUUUUCCGCUGUUUUUACACCUGUCUGGGAAAAAUGUAUGACGAUUGUAAACAUAACAAGUGGAUUUAGAAGUACCGGCAUAUACCCUUACAAUCCCAGCGCUAUGCCAGAUGAAGCUUUUGCCCCAUUAACGAUAUCAAGAAGGAUUUUCGAAGUAGAUACGUCUUCUGAUGAAGACGUACCAUUAUCAGAAUUACGUUUGAAGAUUAUUGGGUAA